AGGGGAGGCUCCCACUCCGAACGCUCCCCGGCGGGCGAGCCGCAGCGCUCGGCUCUCGGGGAGCUGCAGUCGUCGUCCAGAGACCAGGACCCGCAGUGAUGCCGGCGCUGAGCUCCGUGUCCACCGGGUCGGCGGUCGCCGUCCUGGCGCUGCUUGUCGUCACUGCCCAGGCCCUUCGCUGCCGAACCGACGACGGGGACGUGACUGGCGAGGAAGACUACCGCGAGGCGGUGCGGAUCUGCAUGGCCAACGUCUCCAACGACUGGGAAAUGGCUUCGGCCGGGGAUGACCGGAACCGCGACCGCGACCGCGACAGAGGAGGCCGGCGCCAGGAGCAGCACAAGUCGUACAACAACCGAGGGAGUGGCUACGGCGGGUCGGGGGAGGAUGAUGAUCGAGGCGGCCGUCGAGGAUACGGCUACGGGGGAAGUCCUGCCGGCUACGGCAGCAGUGCUUACGGGGGCGGUGGCUACGGGAGUGGUGGCUACGGGAGCAGUGGCUACGGCAAUGGUGGAUACGGCAGUGGUGGUUACGGCAGUGGUGGUUACGGCACUGGAGGCUACGGCAGUGGUGGCUACGGAAGUGGUGGAUACGGUAGUGGUGGCUACGGUAGUGGCGGUUACGGCAACAGUGGCUACGGCGGCAGUGGCAGGUACGGCGGCAGCGGCUCGUACGGCGGCAGCGGCUCGUACGGUGGCAGCUCGUACGGGAACGGCGCGUACGGCAGCGGCACGUACGGCAACAAUUACGGCAGUGGCUCGUCCGGUGGCAGCUCGUACGGCUCUCACGGUAGGCGGGGCUCGCAUGGCAGCCGAGGAGGUCCCACCUACCACUCCAGCUCGCUUGACGAUGAUUACACGGACUCGGACAACAGGCAAGGUGGAUACCGAGGCGGUGGGAAUGGCGGGGGCUGUGAGAUGAGCAGCGGAAACAACGGAGGUGGCAGCGGCGGUCAGGGCAGCGGCGGCAACCAGGGCAGCAGCGGGAGCAGCAGCUCGGGCUCCAACAGCAACAACGGGGAGAACAGCAACAGGGGUGACUCGGGGAGCAGCCGGAAGGGCAACCGCGGCAGCGGUAGCAGCCGAGGCAGCCGACCGCGGACCCGCCGCGUGGCCGGAGGCAGCGGGAGCGCGGGUAGGGGCGGCGGCGGCGGCGGUGGCGGCAGCGACGGCUUCGGUGCGAGGCGCCGCGGAGGCAGCAAAUCCAUGCUCGACCAGGUGGACGCUUGUAUAGUUCACUGCAUAUUUCGUCAAAUGAAAAUGGUUAAUGAGCACUCCCAUCCCGACAAAGGCUCUGUAAUGAACGUAAUGACUCAACGUAUCAGGGAUCCGGAGCUGAAGGAUUUCAUACAAGAAUCAAUUGAUGAAUGUUUUGAUAUUCUCCUGACAGGGGGAAACGUAAAUGGAAGAUGUGACUUUGCUAAAAACUUAGCAUUAUGUCUGGAAGAGAAAGGAAAAAGACACUGUGAAGACUGGAGUGAAGAUAUGAAUAACAGAGGAGAAAAUCGUGGCGACAGAGGUUCAAGCAACCAACAGCGACCACCAAGGCAACAUCCCAGCUCAAACCGAGGUUGAAAUAGGAAAUCGAUAGCAUGACUUAGGGACAGGGAUUCCCAAACAUACUUUCAACUUUUCUCAGCAAUUACUUUCCAGACUUCGUUUAUUUGAGUUGUGCUAAUUUGACAAUAAUAUUUUGUCUAUUCAGGCCAAGUUGCCUUGUAGUCUGGGGCUGUGGAGAAUUCAUGUGCCAGCUUUCACAUGUUCUCUGAUGACAAAAUAUUUAUCAUUUGUUUUAAAUAGCCAAUUUUAAACCAAACAAAAAAAAAAAAUGAAAAAAAGAAAAA